UCCCGCUCUUGUUCCUUCUUCUUCUUCUUCUUCUUCCCAUUCUUAUCAGCCAUCACCUUUGAGUCGAUUCUCGCCAGUCCACAACAAAGCUCAGAGGAUCAUCGUCUUCCUUGUGUUUUCUACGCUUACAAGAACUGCUCUAACUCCUGAUAUUUAUUGGAAGCUCUGGUCCUAGCAAUCGCAGAGAAAAAUGGGAGAUCUUUUGCAAAAUAUGGACAUCGAUAAGCUGAUAUCGUACGGCGAUGAUCUUGUUAGGGUUUUGAAGGACAAGAGAGACACGAACAGCUUGACGCAGUGCUGCGAUGGCACGAAAUCCCUCCGAUCUUCCUGCGACGCCGAUUCUAGCGAGGUUAAGAACCUGCUUCAAGAUUAUGAGAAUAAAAUAGAAGAAUGCAGGCAAAAGACGGAGGCAGCAAAAUCCAAGGUUGUUGCUGAUGAAGAAUUACACCUUCUUCACAAAGAACUAGAAGAGGAGUGUAAAAGAGAGACUUUGCUUUUAGAGGAGCUUAGAGUUAUUACCAAUGAAAUCAAUGAUUUAGAAUGUUCAAGGGUUUCUGUUCGAGAACGAAAUCAAACUUUGAAGAAAAUAGAGCAAGAUGAGCUUAGAGCACAGAGGACACUUUCUAUGUUUGCAUCCGUGACAGAUAUCAUUCCUGAUCUGUAUGAUCCAUCUAAAGUUUCAGGCCAUAUUGUUGAUCGAGAAGAAAGGGUGGUCAAGAAAUUCGAAUUUGACCCAACACAGAUGAGUGCUUUUGAUGUGUGUGAUAGCAUUUGGACAAUGAUAGUUCAGGAUAAAGUUUGAACUUGCUACCCUUAAAGAUCUCGUCUAAUGCCUGGCGGACUCUUUCCAAUUCCUAAUUGGCUAUGCAAUUUUCUUCUCGGCGCCAUUUUCUUAUUACGGUUGUAUCUCUAAUCCUGGUUUGUUAACAUGUAAUUGUCAAUGAUAAAUUGAGAUUUUGAUCGACUUCACGUGAUUCAUAUUUUGUUGUUGAAAACCUUAUUCACGUCAAACACCUUUAUGUUUGUGAGUUAUUAGAU